AUGGCGACCAUAGGUACUGUAAUGCUGGUCGCCACGACGACUUCAGCUCCGGCGAGUUCGGCAUCGCCUGCACGCGUGUACCACUGGCAGUACUUGAGGAGCCCCGAGAACUAUGUGUAUCUCGUGUUUAUUAUCAACUACAUUUUCAUCAUUGGUGUCGUUCUCAAGUCUAAAAAGAAUUAUUCACGCUCGGCCUUUUUCAUGAUUUUUGUCGCCUCCGGUUAGUUUGAACCCAUUUUGAUUUUUUCGCUCUUCGAUUUUCGAUCAGACUUUAGAAAAUAAUUUUAGGCGUCUUUGACAUUAUGCUUGCCUUAUCCACCAUCGGCAACAAUUUGUACACCUAUAUUGGUUUCGGUAAGGGAAGCAAGAGUCCAAAAAAAAUUUCCUGCGAAAAAAAAAUGUUCAGGCGACGAUUAUUGGUUUUUGUUAAUGUUCAUGAAAAGCCUCUCGGGAACCAAUUGGUACACUCACUUGUGGGGUUCUUUCUUGAUGUCUCUCAAUCAGCUCUCCGCUCUUAUGUAUCCAACGAAGUUUUCCUUGGUUUGUGUUUUCUCCGUGUGAAGGAGUAAAAAAUGAGGACUUUAUUUUGCCUUUGGGGAUAUUUGAAACAAGUUUUUUCAAACAUUUUUUCGGGUUUUGCUAAUAAAUCGAUUCUGUACUGAGAAACUUUCAAGGGGUUAUAGUCUGUUCAUAUUUUGAAUGUCAAGUCGUCGCUCAAGCUCCGCCCAUAAUGGUGCGAUAGACCAAUCAGAGAGCGAGCCAUCCAGUGUUUUUGAAUGACGUCAUUGCACUUGACAUUAGAAAUCUGAACAGACUAUAUAAGAGGUUGCAUAGGGGCCCUAUGAGGGACCCCUACGCUCGCCCUGCUCGAAAAGGUGUCGUAGGAGCCCCUAUAGGUUUCGAGCUCCAAGGGGUCUCAUUACAAUGAGAAAGAUUUUUGUGUCAACCUUCUCAAUAAUCUAGUCAGAAGCUGGACGGCAGGUCAGCGCGUAUGCAUCAGUUAAGAUUGCACGAGCAACUUGAAGAGAUCAGACUCGUACUUUGCACCUUCUAUUAGGGUGGCAGGAAAGAAAUGCGUGUUUUUGAUGCCAUUUAUUUUUAUCAUAAAAACAAGGUUAUCCCAAAUCAAUUCGAAAUGUAAUUUCUAUUUGUAUUAGCACCUCGUCAACAAUGCUCACGCAGAGAAUGGAUACUCUCUCUGACAAACUGGGUCGCCUACGAGUCAAAGAAGUUGCACCCCCAAAUUUGGUCUUCAUCGGAGUUUUUCAAUUUUUUUUUUUCUGGCUGUUAAGCGAUCCAAUGAUUCGGACAGAUGAUAAAUGCAAAGAGCCAUGUCUGAGCAUUGUAGCGGAAAAAGCAGAAAUUUGCAGAACAGUUUUUCUGAUUCAGGGCUAACACAUUUUCGCAAAAAAAACGAAAAAGCGAUAUUGUGAAGCCAUUUUUCAUUUCUCAUUUUUUAUAAUACAGUUUUUGAAAGGAAGUUUUUAGAGCUAUUUUUCUUAUAGAAAGGCGGAAUGAACGUCAGCAAAUUAUAUAUCCAAUGACGCACAAGGACAAGCCCUUUUUCGAUACCGUUCCAAAUAAUAUUGCUUCUUGAAUGAAUCAGAAGCCGGCAAAAAAGAGCCGCAUAUCUUUCAUGCCAACCUAAUAAAUACUGUCUAAGGAAUUUCGCGCUGGCCUGCCGUCCAGCUUCUGAGUUGUUGAUUUCAAAAAGCGAACUGGCUACCCCUAAAAAGUAGUGUAUGAACUUUUUCUUCUUUAUUCCUAGCCAUAAAAAGUUGCAAAUAUGUGACAAAAAUUUCCAGAAUUUUAGGAGUUUUCGGAAAACCAAAUAUGCUGCUCUUUCAGGUUUGGACGAGGAAAAAAACAGCCGGCUACUUGGCUUUUGGCUUUAUCGGAUCUUUUGUUCUUGAUUAUCAUUUGUUUCUAAACCCAGCAAAGUUUCAAAUUGGACCCGACGGCUUCGCGUACUACAAAGGACGUGUCUACAGCUUGGGAGUCGGUCCAGCAGUCGUUUUCCUCGCUUUCAUCAAUCAGUUUACAGCUCACUCGUUGGGUUUCAAUGUCCAUAACUGGCUUGUACGUCUUGUUGAAUGGCGCCGUUUCCGUGACUACCAUGGUCUUGAUACGAUAUAAAACGAGCUCUGACAUUCGAAAGUUGAUUCAAGAAAAGGUCAGCGAAUAAAUGCGUUUGUUGUCAUAAUUUGGGUUCUUUGUGGACUUUGAUGCUUUAUAAAUCGAAAACAAGAUCAAAUGUGGGAAUUUUUUUUUUUUGCAGUCAGGAUUAUCAUAAAAAUAAUGAAGAUUACGAAGCGGACGAGAAUGUGGCCGAAAUCAUUUUGAACGCGCAUUUCUAAAAAAAAGAUUUACCUUUUUUUUCCAGAGCCUCGUUUUCUUCGCGUGUUUGAGUACCUUGCUCACGCUCCUCGAGCUCAUCUACGACUGUCUUGUUGAAGUUUACGGUGAUUUCACUGAGGAAAAUGCGAACGUCGUCCUUCUGUUCAUUUAUAACAAUGUAUGUUAUACCUCGUAGGCGUGCCUUGUAAGCAACAAUUUACUUACAGUUUUCCUAUUACUUUUUCUUUCUUGCUGUGCAAAACGGAGUCACCAUUAUCAUCUUCAGCAAGGUUGGGAUUGAAUACUCUUCGAAACGAACGCGAAAACUUUUUCAGACCCUCAGGGACGAACUUCUUUCUCUAGUGGUCAGGAAGAAAAGUCAAGAGUUGCCGUCCAGCACCAUUUUUAUUGUCGCAAAGAGCCAAGAAAACAAGCAAUAA